AGAUUGGAGAGGUUUUUGUUCCGUUUUCUCUGUUCAUUUUCCUACUAAUCUGAAGCUUCUUCCCGCCAAAUAACGCUUCAGGUUCUACGAACUCAAAUGUCUUGGCUCUCUAGCCACUACUCUUCACUGUUGAACCUCUGCUGCGAAACAAGAAACCAGCAUCAAGCAAAGCGAAUCCACUGCCACGUAAUCAAGACCCUCAUAAACCCAGAACCCUUUCUCUGCAACAACCUUAUAAAUGCCUAUAGCAAACUGGGCAACAUAGAUUAUGCACGUCGCGUGUUUGAUAGAAUGGCUCGACCAAACCUUUUCUCAUGGAACACUAUUCUCUCCGCGUAUUCCAAAUCUGGGCAUCUCUUGAAUAUGGAAGAUAUGUUUACUCGCAUGCCAAGUCGAGAUGGGGUGUCUUGGAACUCGCUUAUAUCCGGGUAUGCCUCUCAUGGUUUGGUUUCUGAGGCAGUUAACGCUUACAGUUUGAUGUUGAAAGAUGGGCCUAUCAAUUUGAAUAGAAUUACAUUUUCAACGAUGCUUAUAUUGUCUUCUAGUCGGAAUUGUGUUGUUUUGGGUAAGCAGAUUCAUGGGCAGAUAGUGAAGUUCGGGUUUGAGUCGUAUGUUUUUGUAGGCAGUCCUUUGAUAGAUAUGUACGCCAAAACGGGGUUGAUUUCUGAUGCAAAGCAGGUUUUUGAUGAGAUGUCAGAUAGAAAUGUGGUUAUGCAUAAUACUAUAGUUACAGCAUUUUUGCGUUUUGGGAUGGUUGAGGAGGCAGAAAAGUUGUUUCGAAGUAUGAAGGAGAAAGACUCGGUUUCAUGGACAACCAUGAUUACUGGACUUACCCAAAAUGGUUCGGAGAGAGAGGCUAUCAGGUUGCUUAAAGAGAUGAGAAUGGAAGGCUUGGCCAUGGAUCAGUUCACUUUUGGAAGUGUAUUGACUGCUUGUGCGGGGCUUAUGGCCUUGAAGGAAGGGAAACAAAUUCAUGCUUUUGUUUUUAGGACUGAUUAUCAGGAUAAUGUAUUUGUGGGCAGUGCUCUUGUUGAUAUGUAUUGCAAGUGUAAAAGCAUUAAGUCUGCUGAGGCUGUUUUGAAGAAAAUGAAACACAAGAACGUUGUAUCAUGGACUGCAAUGCUUGUGGGUUAUGGUCAAAAUGGGCACAGUGAAGAGGCUGUAAAAAUUUUUUGUGAUAUGCAGAGAAAUGGGAUUGUCCCAGACGAUUUUACUCUUGGAAGUGUAAUUAGCUCAUGUGCAAACCUGGCAAGCUUAGAAGAGGGUGCCCAGUUUCAUGGUCAAGCAAUAGUUUCUGGUUUACUUUCUUUUGUUACUGUAUCAAAUGCACUUGUCACUCUGUAUGGUAAAUGCGGCAGUCUUGAGGAUUUUACUAAGCUCUUCAAUGAAAUGAGCGUCAAGGAUGAAGUCUCUUGGACUGCACUUGUUUCUGGCUAUGCUCAAUUUGGAAAAGCGAAUGAGACAAUUGAAUUAUUUGAAAAAAUGUUAGAACAAGAUCUAAAACCUGAUGGGGUUACUUUCAUUGGGGUUCUUUCAGCUUGCAGCAGAGCAGGACUGGUGGAUAAAGGCUGUGAUUAUUUUGAAUCAAUGGUGAAAGAACAUGGGAUUACACCAACUCAGGAUCAUUAUACAUGCAUGAUUGACCUCCUCAGCCGAGCUGGAAGCUUGGAAGAAGCAAAAAAAUUUGUAAAUAGGAUGCCCUAUUCUCCUGAUACUAUUGGUUGGUCCACCUUACUUAGUUCGUGCAGAGUUUACGGGAAUUUAGAAAUUGGCAAAUGGGCAGCAGAAUCACUUGUAGAGUUAGAGCCCCAGAACCCUGCAAGCUACAUCUUACUUGCAAGUAUCUAUGCUGCUGAGCAGAGAUGGGACUCCGUGUCACAAUUACGGAGAAAAAUGAGAGAAAAGGGAGUGAGAAAGGAACCUGGAUGUAGUUGGAUCAAAUAUAAAGGAAAAGUGCACAUUUUCUCAGCAGAUGAUCAGUCAAGUCCAUAUUCAUGUCAGAUAUAUGUUGAGUUGGAGAAGUUAAAUCAGAAAAUGUUAGAGAAAGGUUAUGUGCCAGAUAUAAGUUCUGUUCUUCAUGAUGUUGAGGAAUCAGAGAAAAUAAAGAUGCUUCACCACCAUAGUGAGAGGCUUGCAAUUGCAUUUGGGCUGAUAUUUAUUCCUCCUGGCCUUCCCAUACGAGUUGUUAAAAACCUUAGAGUCUGCAAUGAUUGCCACAAUGCCACUAAAUAUAUUUCCAAAAUCACCGAGAGAGAAAUACUUGUGAGAGAUGCUGUUCGUUUUCAUUUGUUUAAGGAUGGAGUGUGUUCGUGCGGAGAUUUCUGGUGAUGGUUUUCACUUAAAAGAAUGUUUGGUCUUUGCUUAGGAGAGUGUUAAAAGCUAUUGCAGGUUAUGCUAAAACAUCUCAUUCCAUUGGUAAACAACCAAGUCCAUCAAUCAGUACUGAAAAGAGGCUACUUAAUAGGCAUACCAGAACAGCAGUUGGAGCGCAGUGGGCUAUACAUAUCCCUAUAAAUGUGAUUUGAAGGAGGUUAAUUCUCGAACUUGGUGAAAUUAAAUAGAGAUAAAUACCUAGUGAGGAACUGAGCUUAAUUCAGACCUCUUGGUUUUGUGAGGUCUAGAGGCAUUCAUUUACUGGAUAAAGAGUUUUGCAUUCUCUGCAAGAGCGAUUCAGAUAUCUAUUGAACAAUGCUCUGAUGGACUGUUGUACUAAUUGAGAGAGAGCAUGUACUAUGCGGGACGAACCAAAGCAUUAAACUCCUUGAACUGGUCAGGGUCAUGUCAGACUGUCAAUUGUUUGAGAUUUAUCCUCAUUGAUAGGCUUAUAGUACUUCGUUGCAAGCUGCCCAUGAUGAGUGGGGAUGCCUUUUCCUACGUAAAAAAAGAAUGUGCUAUGCGGAUGAAAGAGGAGAGGCGAGACACGAGGUCAGUUAUUUGAAGGACAGAGUUCUUUAGGAAAGGACGACAAUGGAUGCAAAGAAGAAGGAAAUUUGAAGCAAGAAAAGGGAGGCGAUCUGAAAACCCAAUGGAAACGGUAACAAGCUUGAGGGUGUCACGUCCAGAUGGGUUUCUGGAGCAGAAGAGGGCAUUGAUCUCUCCAUAAAAGGGGAACCUGAAUGAUGAUUUGCACCCCUGCGUAGGGGGAGGGAGGGGCCGGGCAGUUCAAGAACAAAAAGGGAGAAAAACUGAAAACUCAGAGAGAGAAGAAAAACCCUAAGCUUCUCUUCCUGUUUCCUUCAAGAAUCAAAGGAGGAAACCGCAAGAGGAGCUAAGGUAGUUGAGAAGAGAGAAAAAGAAGCAAGCUAAUAGAAUGAGGAAUGAAAGAGUAAGAAAGGAGCAAACUCUUCUUGUUUCCUUCAAGAAUCAAAGGGGGAAACAGCAAGAGGAGCUAAGGUAGUUGAGACGAGAGAAAAAGAAGCAAGCUAAUAGAACAAGGAACGAAAGAGUAAGAAAGGAGCAAAGACCAAAAGGUUUCAUCAGCCAGCAAAUUCACUCAGGAGAUUUCCAGUUUGGGCCCCUUAGGUAAAUUUCUGUAAAUCUUAAAAUUAAUUGGCAUAUGCUUUUACAAGAUUGCAAUGGAAAAGUUUUAAUUCUGGAAUUGAUGAAAGCAUGUUGUAAUCUGGAAGAAUGAAACUCAAACUGCCAUGAACUUACAUUUGACUAGGAUGACUAAGAUGAAAAAUGUGGAACUGAUGCUGUUUGAUUAGAAUACAUGAAAGGCCUCUGCAAUUCACUGUGGCCAAUAUUUCACUGAAUGCAUGAUUCCAGUUAGAGGCACAAUUCUUUUAUAUGUAUAAGGUCUUUAGAUCAAGUAUUAUGAUUAGAUGGUAAAGGGUUAAUUCUUUGACGUAGUGGGAAUUGAUUGGUCAAGUAAACUGUGAAAGAACUCUCUGAUUAUUACCUAGCUUAGGGCCAUUUGCUUUCUUACAAAUCUAACAAAAAUCCCAAGGACAGCUAUGGUGGAAUUUGAUUUUCCUUGGCUUGGGCACCCUCUUGAUGGACUGUAAUAGCUUCUUGUUUUGACAAAUUCAGACUUUGGAUUGUUUAUCUCUUAGUUGCCUCUUAUUUAUUAUUUGUUCCUCUUAAAGCCGAUAAACUUGGCUGCUAUGUCAUAAAAGCCCAUAGGCGUAAACACUGUUGAGAGGUAGUAUGGACUGAUUAAUCAUGAUUUCAAACUUUGGCUUUCAGGUCCAAACCUGAUCAUGGUCUAAAACAGCAUGGACACUGAAAAUUUUUCUCAAUUUCUGUAUGCCGAAUGUCGUUUGCUGUUUGGACUGAUUUCCCUUCUUGCUCCCUUUUACAUUCUGCUUGGGAUUCCUUGGUGUGGCACUGGCUUAUUGAUGCCCCAACACAAUGUCAUGUAGCACAUUUCCAUACUAGGAUAUUUUUUAUCUACACCAUACAUUCAAGAAAUUUUUAUUUCUGUUUGGUCCAUAUUUAUGUAUGUUUUUCUGUUUAGAAAUUCAUCUAUUUCUGCAAAUUAUAUUGUGGAAGACUGUGCAUUAUUUUCUUAAUGAAAUUACCCCACUACAUGGCCUACUUGGUGCUUGAAUGCACUGUUUUCCUAUCUCUAUCAUUUAGUCUUCCUUACCUGCUGCCUGCUCACCUGUUCUGGGUCAUCUUAAUCCUGUUGCUGUUAGACUCCCAUUUAUGCCCUACUAAUGAUUUGAAAAGAAUGAGGAUUCUAUUCCCUGUGUUUGUCUAAGGUGAUAUGAAAGAAAACACAUGCCUUCUUUUUUCUUUGAAAAUGGCGACGGCCCUCUUACUUCCACCAGAAAUUUUUUUUUUUUGAAAUAAAAUUAUUUGGGGAGUUCUCAGGCAGUUUAUGUGUUAUUAGAGGUUUGCAAAAAUUGUAAAAGAAUGAGGUGUGGAAGUCUGAUUUAUUUUGCAUAAAUACGAGUUUCAAAACUCAGUUUGGUUUAAUCUUUUUUACAUGAUCUGAUAAUGCUUUCUAGAUGUUGUUUCAUACCCAAAUUUAUUUUUGGUUUCACUUUUAGUUUGGUGCUGUCUCAUACAAUUUCUUUUAGGGCUCUAGGACGUAUUUUGGUCCAAUUUUUAUGAAUUAUUCUUUUUUUUUUUCAGAAAUUUCCUCCCUUUAAUUGCUAUCUUGCUGCUGCUCAUACUUACUAUUCCUCAUCUAUUAACCGGAAUUUUAUCUU